CCCAUCAGAUUAUCUUUCUUCUUCAAUUUUUCAUCUCAAAUAUCAGAUUUGCUUUAAUUAUAGCCCCUGGUGCAUUCAGAGAAACAGAUAUGGAAUCCAUUGAGUUCUUUCAAGUUUUCAUCAUAAUCAUCAUACUCAUCAUGACUCUGUUCUACAUCUACUUCAGAUCAUUAACAUCUUCUUCUUCUUCCGCUUCUUCUGUUGAUACUGAUAUCCCCCCUCUUCGAGAAAAGUACGAUCUGUUUAUUAGCUUCAGAGGUGAGGACACACGCGAUGCUUUUGCCAGCCAUCUUCACAAGGCUUUACUUGGGAAGAAAAUUGAGACCUACAUGGAUUACAGACUGGAGAAAGGAGACGACAUUGGGCCUGCCCUUCUAGAAGCAAUCGGUAAAUCGAAAAUUGCACUAGUCAUUUUCUCAAAAGACUAUGCUUCUUCCACUUGGUGUAUGAAAGAACUUGUGCAUAUACUUGGAUGCAAGAAAAGCCAUGGACAGAUUGUUAUACCCAUUUUUUAUCCCAUAGAUCCAUCAGAUGUACGAAAACAAAAGGGAACUUAUGCAAUUGGAGGGUGGCUUUGGAGACUUAAGAAACGUUUUAAGGUCAGUAUGGAUGAGGUGGCCAACUGGAGGGCUGCUUUGGAGGAAGCAGCCAAUAUUUCUGGGUUUCAUGAUUCAAGCAAAACAGGGACGGAGGCCGAUUUUGUUGAGGAAAUUGUCCAAGAUGUUUUGACCAAAUUGAAUCGCGAAUCGUCAAGUGAUUUAAAGGGUCUGGUUGGGAUUCAAAGGAAAAUUGAGGAAAUUGAGUCAUUAUUAUGCUUGGAUUCACCAGGUGUACUCUCUGUAGGUAUUUGGGGCAUGGGUGGUAUUGGCAAGACCACCCUUGCUGAUGCUGUAUUUCACAAGCUGUCCUCUAAAUUUGAUGCUGCUUGUUUUCUUGCAAAUGUCAGGGAGAAAUCAGAACAAACGGGUGGAUUAAAUGAGUUGCGAAAUGAACUCCUUCGUGAGAUAUUAAAGGACAGAGAUACAAACAUCGGCACUUCGUCUAUAGGACGAACUUUUAUUCGAGAUAGGCUCAGCCGCACGAAGGCCUUCAUUGUUAUUGAUGAUGUGAAUGAUCCACGCCAACUAGAAUUUCUUGUUGGAUAUCAUGAUCAGUUUUGUGACGGAAGUCGAAUCAUUAUAACUGCUAGAGAUAAAGGAGUACUUGAGCAAAAAGUUGACACUGAUAAGAUAUACAAGGUUAAGGGAUUGCGUUUGGAUGAAGCUCUUCAGCUCUUUCAUUUGCAUGCUUUCAGAAAUAUUGAGUCUCCAACAACAGAUUAUACUGAGUUGUCAAGAGAGGUGGUAGAAUAUAUUAAGGGUAUUCCAUUAGCUCUUAAAGUUUUGGGGUCCUCAUUCCAUCGUUACAAGAGCAAACGAGAGUGGGAAGAUGAAAUGAACAAAUUGAAACGAUCUCCAAACCCAAAAAUCUUGGGAGUUUUGAGAAUAAGUUACGAUGGAUUAGAAGAAAAUGAGAAGGAGAUAUUUCUUGAUAUAGCAUGUUUUCAUAAAGACAGGAAUAUGAAUAAUGUCAAUGGAAUGUUAGAUAUCCGUGGUUUCUCAUGGUCAUCCGGAAUUAAAGUUCUCAUUGAUAUGUCUCUCAUAUCUAUUUCAGAAAGGAACUCCAUAGAGAUGCAUGAUUUGCUGCAAGAAAUGGGUAGGGCAAUUGUUCGCGAACAAUGUAUUGAACAACGCAGUAGGUUGUUCAGUGCUGAGGAUGUCUAUGAUGUAUUAACAAAUAACAAGGAAGCUGCAAGGGUUCAAGCCAUAUUCUUUGAAGAGCUAAAGUUGAAUCAUGCAGACUACAGAAAGAUAUAUAAAUUAAGAUUGCUAAUUGCAGAAACUUACGAUUUCGGCCGUGGCAUAUUCGAAAUUUUUUCUCUUGAUCUUCCCAAUUCUCUUAGUUAUCUUGACUGGGUGGGAUAUCCUUUGAAAUCUUUGCCAUCAAAAUUUUCUCCUGAAAAUCUUCUUGUGCUUCAUAUGCCGUUCAGCGAAGUUGGGGCGCAACUUUGGAAUGAAGGCCAGUGUCCUGUGAACUUAAAAGAGAUCGAUCUUGGUUACUGCGAACAUCUCUCUGAAGUUCCAAAUCUCUCUCGGAGUCUAAAAAUUGAGCGUAUAGAUCUUGUUGGCUGUAAACGUUUGAUUGAAAUUCCUACGUAUUUUCAACAUCUUCACAAGCUUACUUAUCUUCGACUUGCUGGGUGCCAGAAUCUCAAAUCUCUUCCGGCGAUGCCUUGCAAUGUUGAAUUCAAUGAUUUUUCUCAUACAGCACUGGGCUCAGAUACUGAUGUGUUUAUUAGUUUCAGAGGUAAGGACACACGCAAUGCUUUUACCGGCCAUCUUCACGCGGCCUUACUUGAGAAGAAAAUUGAGGCCUACAUGGGUUACAGACUGAAGAAAGGAGACGACAUUGGACGUUCCCUUAAAAAAGCUAUCAAGAAAUCAAAAAUUGCAGUAAUCAUUUUCUCAGAAAACUAUGCUUCUUCCACAUGGUGUUUGGAAGAACUUGUGCAUAUACUAGAAUGCAAGAAUAGCUAUGGAAAAAUUGUUAUCCCCAUUUUUUACGACAUAGAUCCAUCACAUGUACGAAAACAACAGGGAACUUAUGCACUUGCAUUUGAUGAACUUGAAAAACGUUUCGAGGGUAGGAAGGUGGUCAACUGGAGUUCUGCUGUGGAGGAAGCAGCCACUAUGUCUGGGUUUCAUUAUUCAAGCAAAACAGGGAGGACAGAGGCCGAUUUUCUUGAGGAAGUUGUUCAAGAUGUUUUGACCAAAUUUGUUGGGUUAAAGAACAAUAGGUGAGUACAAGGCUUUCUAGAGGACUAGGCUUAUUGGCCUUCAACAACUAGAAACUGUUUACUAGGCUUAUUGGCCUUUUUCUUAUUUUCUGACUUAUUGGCCUUUUCCUGGAUCGUUUGUGCUGUUUUAUCUUCAAAAGCAAAAGUUUGUACGUAAAGCGACAGUGCUCUUUCCUUUCUUCAGUGUAUGAAUGCUUGAAGUUUUGUCCACCGACAGUGCUUGCCUAAUUAUUUCACUUGUCUUUUUCCUGGAUCGUUUUGU